AUGAUUGAGUUUGGCUACUCUCAAAGUCUUUUAAAAUCCAGGGAGUUCCUAUACUACUUGUUCGCUUAUUCUCGAACUCCUUCCAAUUUUCUUUUGUCUUUCGGUUGCAACAACAGUGCUGUUUCGUUUCCAGUUAUGGCAGGUGCUUCAUUGACUAAAAUGUGCUUGAAACUCUCUAUUCAAGAAGAAGAGAAGGAUAAGAUUGUUACCGAUGGGGAUUGGAUGGAGGCGCCAAUAGGACAGCAAGGUGGUGGUUAUUUGAUCGGGAAAUUAUUGCUGCACAAACCAACAACGGCGGAGGGAUUGAGUGCUGUUUUCCACCAGGUUUGGAAGCUGCGUCAAGAUAUGUUAGUACAAGAGGUGGGAGACCGUCUCUUUGUUUUCCAAUUUGCUGAUGUGCUAGAGCGAGACAGAGUUUUUGUCUCUCAACCUUGGUUGUUCCAUAAGGCAUUAUUAGUGCUUCGUGAAUUCGAUGGUGUACAGCAGCCAGAAUCGAUUACUUUUGAGACCUGCCCUUUUUGGGUGAAAGCUUCAGGGAUUCCUUUCCAGAUGAGGAAUGAGAGGGUUGGAAUUGCAGUGGGGGAGUCAAUGGGGAGGGUCUUGGAUGUUGAUGUCACUUCAGGUCGUUAUUUGCGGAUUCGGAUUGAUAUGGAUUUGCAACGCCCAUUCAAGACGGUGACGACUCUUACUUAUCCAAAUGGGGAAUCUGAGAUUAAGCUUGAUUAUGAAAAACGGCCUGAUUAUUGCUGGGUAUGUGGACUAGUGGAUCAUCAGGAAACCGAAUGUGCUGUUGCAGUUGCAAUGAAAAUUGAGAAUAGGUUCGCGAUCCAAAAAUACAAGCCGGAUAAGUCAGAAAGUUCUUUCGUUAUGGAAAGAGCUUCGGUAACCCCUGUUCAGAGGCAUAGGAGGGGUGGUGCAAUCAACCGUCAGGGAAGUCAAUCGGUGCUGGCUAAAUCAGAUACCGACAUUAGUAGUCCUUUCUGUCGACAUGUGGAUAGUAUGUUCCUCCAUGGGAGGAGGGUGGCGCGUACACUGGUCUAUGAUGACGUGUCCUGCGAGAUUAUCUCAAAGAUGGGUGUAGGGGCAGCUGAAGCGGGUCCGGAAUUUAGGGGUGGUUUCGAAAAUGCGGAUCCACGUGGAGUGAUGGAUAAAGGUGCUCUUACAAAUGUGGUGGCUGGUACAUCUAGGACUGCCAAGAAAGGAGGUAGACUGAGUCAAAAUGGGAAGGGAAAAGGAUGUCGUGCCGAGAAUACAGGAAGUUCUUUUAUUCCACUUGGGGAUAACUCUUCUUAUGAGAGUUAUUCUUCUUCUUUUGAGUCUCCUUAUGCUAUGUGGGCUGGUCCUAUUAUUGGUGGGCCUAGUCAAAAUUGUGUUAUUCUAGGUGUUGGGCCUGUAGCAGUGGGUUCUGAACUGGGUCUUAAUCCUGUGGAGAAUCCAAUAUUGGAAAGGGGAGCUCGUGGGCUUAAUAUUGAAAAAGGGAGCGGUGUGGGUGCAAUACAGGAAGCUGCGGCAAAUUCAACUACAGAAGAGUAUGAUCAUACAUCACCCUUUGUAUUUGGAGCUGGGUCAUCUGGUAACAGGAAGGUCAGAAAAUGGAAGAAGGUAGCACGUGUCUCGGAGAAAUAUUCUUUCGAGGCCCUUUGUCAUGAGCAACCGUCUAAGGUGGGAUUUAAAAGGUCUGCAGGAAUUGGUGCUAAGAGUGUUUCUGCAUAUGGUGGUCAGCGCAAGAAAUCCAGGGAGAAUGAGAUGGAGGUUGAUGGUGUGGGAAGUCCCAAUCCGGAAGUCAAUAAAGCACAGGUGGCUGAGGGUCCAGGAGAGGAAGAGAAUACAAAUACAGCAGCGGGGAUGGAUAAAAGCCAUAUCGGCUGGGAGCCAUCAAUUGCCUUGUUUGGAACUACCAAGGACUCGGGGCACCUCGGGCAGUUCGAUUGUAAUGGCCGGUCUGGUGGCCUGACUUUGUUAUGGAUGAAGGAUGAGUGCAUUUCUCUUUUGUCUUAUUCUUUUUGGCAUAUUGAUGUUUCUAUUGGGUCCUCUGAUAAAUGGCGGUUUACUGGGUUUUAUCGGCAACCGGAUACGAGUAGAAGACAUGAAUCAUGGUCUCUGCUACGGUCUCUUUCCCAUGAGGAAUUUGAAGUGGCCAUUAAAAAAGCUUGGCCGGAUGGUGAUGUGGAUAUUGUUAAGAAGAUUAAAGCGUGUGGAACUGUCUUGGAGGAUUGUAACCAGACAACAUUUGGUAAUCUUCAAGCUAAUAUCGCCAAAAAGAAGAAGGAAUUUGGGUCUCUUUAUGUUAUGGGAGCGUCGGGAAAUCAUGUAGACUUGGAUAAUUGUAAUAGGGAGCUUAAUAAGUUGCUGCAUCAGGAGGAAUUGCUGUGGCGCCAAAGGUCGAAAAAGCACUGGUUGAAAGAAGGAGACAAAAAUACAAGAUUUUUUCAUGCAGUGGCUUCUUCUCGAAAACAAAAGAAGCAAAUUCUAUCCAUUGAAGAUGAGACGGGUAAUACAUAUACCGAGCAGACAGUGUUCCAAAUGGGAGGGUCUAAAGCGCCAGGGCCGGAUGGUAUGUCUCCUUUGUUCUUUCAGAAGUGUUGGAUUGUGUCGAAAGCUCUUACAAAUAGGUUGAAGGUCAUCCUUUCGGAUAUUAUAAGAGAAAACCAGAGUGCUUUUGUUCCUAAACGAAUGAUAUAUGAUAAUGCCAUGAUAGCUUUUGAAACAAUUCAUUUUAUGAGAAAUAAGAGAAGGGGGCGAAAGUGUCAUAUGGCUUUAAAGCUUGAUCUUAGUAAAGCUUAUGAUAGGGUCGAGUGGGUUUUUUUGGAGGAGUCUAUGAAGGUAAUGGGUUUCCCGUCUAAAUGGAUUUAUUUGGUAAUGCAGUGUGUACAGACAGUGUCUUAUUCAGUUAUCGUUAAUGAGCAAAAUGGGGAGAUUUUCCAUCCAUCUCGGGGUAUAAGACAGGGUGAUCCGUUAUCACCUUACUUAUUUCUAUUAUGUAUGGAGAGUUUUUCUAGGCUGCUUUAUUCUGCUAGUGACUUGGGGAAAAUUCAAGGUGUUCAGAUCUCAAGGCUAGCUCCGAAAGUUAGUCAUCUUUUCUUUGCGGAUGAUAGCAUAUUAUUCUUGACUGCUUCGAAAAGGUCAUGUGAAGAGGUGAUUUCAAUACUGGAUGUGUUUGAAGCUGCUUCAAGACAGAAGAUAAAUAUUGAGAAAUCAGCUGUUUUGUUUAGUGCAAAUACAUCAGCUGUUGUCAAAGAUGAGAUAAUGAAUUUCCUGGGGUUCAGAGAGUGUUGGAUAAUGACAAGGAAAACUGUUAUGAUACAGGUAGUGGCCCAGGCUAUUCCUGUGUACCUCAUGAGUGUGUUUCUCUUUCCAAAAUCAUUUGUGCAAGAACUAAAUGCUAUGAUUGCUAGAUUCUGGUGGGGUUCGGGUGAGCUACAAAUUUGGGACAGAUGGAUUAACAAACCACCGAGCUUUCGACCUUCACCGAGAAUUGAGUCUAAUAGGCCGAAUUUGAAGAUUAAUGAGUUGAUGGAUUUGGAGAAUCGUUCGUGGAAGUAUGAAGAUGUCUUGGAAUUAUUCAUUGAGGAGGAUACUUGUCGAAUUUUCAGUUUGGUGGUUCCUUGUCAAAAUAAGGAAGAUCGUCUGAUCUGGAAUGGGACAAUGCUAGGGGAAUUUACAGUCAGUUUAGCAUACCAUGUGGCGAGGAAGAUAAUCAGGAAGCAAGAACUGCCUUUACAGUUGAGAUCGCCUAUAUGGAGGUAUAUUUGGUCAGCUAAUGUUAUGCCAAUAAUACAGUAUUUUAUGUGGAGAUUGGUAUGGAAUAUAUUGCCCACCAAGGGAAAUUUAAAUAAGCGAGGAAUGGAGAUUGCAGAAACUUGUGAAGUGUGUGGUGGUGAAGAAUCUGCAGAUGCACAUGUUUUUUUCAAUUGCCAUUUGAGCAAGUUGGUGUGGGAGGAUGUUUGCCCUUGGGUGCUACGGUGUAUUGAGCAAUGGGAUUACAAUGGAAGUUUCUGGGAAUUCAACCUGGAAAAAGCCCAUGCCAUUGGCCAAUUUGAAAAAAUUUGCACGGCAUCAUGGUUACUAUGGGCACUCGGUAAUGUUGCUUCUACAGGGAUUGGAGAACGAGCGUUGGGGAUAGGUAGGCAGAGUGUUUGGAAGCCGCCGCCUUCGGGAAUAAUGAAGAUCAAUACCGACGCAUCUUUUUCUAAAGAGGAUGAACAAGCAGAAUUAGGGGUGGGUAUACGAGAUGAUGGUGGGAGUAUAAUUGCUAGUGGAUCACGACAUCUAUAUUUUAUUGCAGAUUCAUUAUACGCUGAAGUUCAUGCUAUAGUUUUUGGAUUUGAGAUGGCUCUUGAGCUUGGGGUCGAUAGGUCGAUCAUGCUUUCGCGUGAACAGUUGAUGGAUGUGGAUCCAAUGACUCAACUUGUAAAGAUUGAGUAUAACCCUCCUUGUGAAGUAUGGUCUGAGAAAGAAAUAGACCAUGUUGUGGAUGUGCAAACUGAGCAUUGGUUUGCUUGUGAGUGUUUGGUUGGUAUGUUCAUUCUAGAAAUGGAAGGAAUUGGUAGAGGUAGGUUACCUAAGGUUACCUGGUCUGUUGAUGAAGAAAGGGUUUUACUCGAGUGCAUGCAAACCCUCCCAACAUAUAAUGGCCAUUUCGGGUCAGGUUGGUUUCAACGUAUCACUACCAUGAUCAACACUCGAAUGCCGGAAAAGAAUGUAACCUCCACUGAUAUCAAUAAAAAGGAACUUGUUGAAGAUAUGGCCAAAACAUAUGUUGUUUAUGUUGACCAUACGCCCGGUAUAUAUGACACAUGGCCGGAAGCACAUUCACAAGUGCAUGGUUUUCGUGGCGCAGUCCACAAGUCAUUUGCAACUAGACAGGAAGCUGAACAAUCAUUUUUGGCGUAUUAG